CGCCCCGCAGGCCUUUGGCCCCGGGACGCGGCUCCCCCGGCCCGGUGGUGCGGCGGGGGGCGGGGAGGAGGCGAGCGGCGGCCGGCCCCGGGCACGGAGCAGCAGGCAUGGCCACCCCACGGCUCACUGAGAGCACCGUCACCGUGCAAGGACAGACCCUGUUCUACCGCCAGGCUGAGCCCGCCCAGGCGGCGCCGAGGUUGACGGUGCUGCUGCUGCACGGCAUCCGCUUCUCCUCCGACACCUGGCUGCAGGUGGGGACGCUCGCCGCACUGGCCGAAAACGGCUACCGAGCCGUGGCCAUCGACCUGCCGGGGCUGGGGCGCUCCAAGGAUGCCGUGGCCCCAGCACCUGUGGGCCAGCCAGCGCCGGCAGAAUUCCUGAAGGCCGUUUCGGAGGCUCUGUGCCUCGGUCCAGCUGUGGUGAUCAGCCCUUCGCUCAGCGGCAUGUACUCCCUGCCCUUCCUCCUAGAGCACAGCCACCUGGUCAAGGCAUAUGUACCUGUGGCACCCAUCUGCACUGACAAAUUCACGGGGGAGCAGUAUGCCCGGAUCAAAACCCCUACGCUGAUCGUGUAUGGGGACCAGGACGUGGAGCUGGGGGAGACCAGCCUGAACAACCUGCGGCACCUCCCUGAGCAUCAGGUGCUGAUGCUGCAGGGUGCUGGACACCCCUGCUACCUGGACAAGCCCAAUGAGUGGCACCGUGGACUCCUGGCCUUCCUGCAGCAGCUGGUGUGAGCAGGGUGGGACCAUGAGGCAGGAGGAUGUGACCAGCCCAACCAUCCCUCUGCCUGCACAUGCACCCUCGUGCCAGCUCAGCCGCUUGCCUGGCACCCACACCACACUGGCCUACGCCAUCACCCACCUCCCUUGGGACCAAAUAAAAUCCCAGGCUCUGCCACUGCU